AUGAGACUAGUUGGGUUGGUAUUGUUCGCUAAACUUGCAGGGUAAAAGGAGUUAUACCAAAAGAGUGAAGACUGUCCAGACGGCUCUAUCGAGAAUCAGCGCCCAACCGCGCAGUCCGGCUGGCCGAGGAACGAAUGUUCCGCGCUCGGCCAAAACAUCCGUCCGACUGAAGUCUCGGCCAAAGUCCAAACCACUCGGCCGAUCACGCACGACCCGGGAAACAUGCCCGCGGUCGGCCAAGCUUCAAGCGUCACGCCACCCGCGCACGACCAAGCGCGCGAGCCGGGAACAAGCCUCGCGGCCGCGCAACCGUCUCGCGCCACGGCCGAUGCAUCCGUCCGAGCCGGGAAAGAACGUCCCACGUCCGGCCGAGAAUUUCAUCGGCCAAAUUCAAUCCGCUCGACCACGCCGGCCGACCGCGAAUCAUCCGACCCCGACCGUUCCGACUCGCCCACGACCCGAUGUCCGGCCGAUCGUCCCGACGACCGUCCCAACGCCGCGGUCGACCCGAAGCCCUUUUGA